UGUGCUGUUUUGCGCACAUUUGGCAUGUCAAAUAUUGUCUUUUGAUAAUGACAAGAACUAUGUUUGCGAUUUCCAGAAACCGUAGAACACAUGCUUGAUCAAGUAGGAAUUACUACAUUAUCAUCUCGCUGCGAUUUCAGACGGGCACAGAGUUAAACAGCUAUACUUAGGGUCCUGCGGCGCCGAGGUCAGGAAGGUGUUUGUUUCGGUGUCUCCUCCAUAUCGUCCUACACCGGUCCCUGCCGCGUUUCCUGUCUCACAACUUGACAACAACAUCGUCAGCAACACUAAUACUCGGCAAAAUGGCAGUUCCUCCAACAUAUGCAGACCUUGGAAAAUCAGCAAAGGACAUCUUCAAUAAGGGAUAUGGUAACUGGAAGCAAGAUAAAAGGCAGUUUUAUAAGUUUUGGACUGGUUAAGCUUGAUGUGAAGACAAAGUCUUCAAGUGGAGUGGAGUUUAAGACAUCUGGCUCAUCCAACAUAGACACCAGCAAGGUCACCGGAACCCUUGAGACCAAGUACAAGUGGGCGGAGUACGGGCUGACUUUCACAGAGAAGUGGACCACGGAAAACACACUUGGAACAGAAAUAUGUGUUGAGGAUCAGAUCACCAAAGGACUGAAGCUUACUUUUGACACUACAUUUUCACCGAACACUGGCAAGAAGAGCGGCAAGGUCAAGACAGCUUAUAAAAGGGAAUACCUUAAUGCUGGUGUUGAUGUAGAUUUAGAUUUCGCUGGUCCUACUAUCCAUGGAGCAGCAGUGGCGGGCUACGAAGGUUGGCUGGCUGGAUACCAGAUGUCCUUUGACACAGCCAAGUCCAAGAUGAUCCACAGCAACUUUGCAGUUGGUUACAAGACCGGUGACUUCCAGCUCCACACCAAUGUAAAUGAUGGUUCAGAGUUUGGUGGCUCCAUUUACCAGAAGGUAAAUGACAAACUGGAGACUGCUGUGAAUCUUGCCUGGACAGCAGGCAGCAAUGGCACUCGCUUUGGAAUUGCUGCCAAAUACCAGUUAGACUCCAGUGCUUCCAUAUCAGCUAAGGUAAAUAACUCCAGCUUGGUAGGAAUUGGAUACACCCAGACCCUGCGGCCUGGUAUGAAACUAGUCCUGUCUGCACUGGUCGAUGGGAAGAAUCUCAAUGCCGGUGGACACAAACUUGGUCUGGGCCUGGAGUUGGAGGCAUGAGGAUCUGCUUGAAUAGGAAUAUCAGAGGAAUCUGACCCUAAGGGUUCAAUAAGAAAUAUUUUAAAGAGAUGAAGCCAAAACAAACUAAAAAAAGAACCCCAGUACUCGAGCACUGUUAAGAUGGAAACCUUUCCACCAGCUUCCUUUCAUUGUGAUCACAAUAACUAGUCAUGUUUCAAUCACGUGUGUUUAUAAAUCAGUGAAUCCUUCUGCCAAUUUAUCCUCCACAUCGAUAGAAAAAGAAAAAUACCCUCUUUUGGGUGCACCAUGUCCGGGAAGGCUUUCAGAAAACCAGACCUUGUUAUUUUGCUGUGAUAAUGUGAUUAUGUAGAAUGUAAAUCUGAGCUGUUAUUUUGCACAGUAGACUAUACCUUUAUUUAAGCUCUUUCACCUUUGUUUUAAUUGCACAUCUUAUUUAUAUUUUGGUAGUGAUGUUCUUCCUGUUGGAAGUUACUCCAACAAAAUAUGCUUACCAAGAUUGAAGCCAAAUUACUGGCUGGUCUUCACUUAUCUUUCUAGAGAGGCUUAUUGUGCUGUGUGAUGAGUUUGAGACCUCCACUACCUGAAAUACCUGCUUCUAAGCUGCUAGACAAUGCUAAAUGGAUGUUCUUUUCCUCAGUGUGAUUUGAGUGAAAUAAUAUGGGAGUGAAUUAUCACCAUGUUUGAGGACUGUGACACUAAUCAGGAAGCAGUUUGUGUGUUGGUGUGUGUCUAACCUUUGCAAUAAAGUCCUGAAAUCAA